CCGGAAGGGAGAAAGUAAUCCGAGCGUUAGGUGCCGGAAGCGCUCUGGGAGAGACUUACCUACCUGGAGAGACCAAGAUGGCGAAACGAAUCGCGGACAAAGAGCUGACGGACCGUAACUGGGAUCAGGAAGAAGAAGCUGAGGAUGCCGGAACGUUCUCUGUGGCGAGUCAGGAGGUUAUGAAGACGAGGGAGAUCAAGAAAGCAAAGCGGAGAAACCUGGGAAGCGAUGGUGAAAGUGGAGGGGCUUUUAAAGGAUUUAAAGGUUUAUUCUCUGGCACUGGCGCCUCCCUCCCCUCCUUCGGAAAUGGCUCUUCCGCGAAACCGCUGGAAGGUUUGAGUAACGGAACCAGCGCCUCCAGUACCUCCCUGUUCAUUAAUCUGAAGCCGGCCUCGGAAAGCAAGCCCACCUUCGGUUCUGCCUUUACAAGCCGCCCCUUACUCGGCGCUGCAGAUAAACCUUUGGGCACCGCGUCCACCAAUGGGGAGAGGGCUCUGUCUACCUCUGGUGCCGCGCUGAGCAAGGCCGGCAACUCUGAGUACAACAAGCACCUGACGUCGCUGAACUGCUCCGUGCGCGACUGGAUAGUGAAACACGUCAACACCAACCCCCUGUGCGACCUGAGCCCCAUAUUCAGGGACUACGAGAAGCAUCUGUCUGCCAUAGAGCAGAAGUACGGGGCCAGCUCCGACAGUGGCUCCGAGAGCGACGGGGCUGCCCAAACCAAGACCAUUCCAACCCUUCACUCCAUUAAAGCCGACCCUAUAGCGACCUUCUCUUUCGGAAGCAAAGACAAAGCGCCGGGGGUGCCCGUCAAGACCCCCCCGGACAGCAAGCCCCAAGCCGCUGCGCCCACCUUUAACUUUGGCCAGAAAGUUGACAGUUCCACUCUUAGUUUAAUCGGUUCCGGAGGGGCUCCAAGCUUCUCGUUUUCCACGGGCGCGUCCAGCCUCUUCGGUAAAAGCACUGGCAGUACGGCAUCUUCCUCUCAGGAGUCGGAACCAAGCAGCAACACUGAGGGGAAAGGUGAUGGGGAGGAGGAAGAGGAACCCCCCAAAGCAGUUAUACAGGAAGUAAAAGAAGACGAUGCCUUCUACUCCAAAAAGUGCAAGCUCUUCUACAAAAAGGAUAAUGAAUUUAAAGAGAAAGGUGUCGGCACCCUCCAUCUGAAGCCCGUAGAGAACAAAAAGACUCAGCUCUUGGUGCGCGCCGAUACCAACCUGGGCAACAUACUCCUGAACAUCCUGGUGCAGCCGUCCAUGCCGUGCUCUAGAACCGGCAAGAACAACGUCAUGGUGGUGUGCGUCCCCAACCCGCCCAUCGACGAGAAGAACCCGACCGUCCCCGCCACGCUCUUAAUCAGGGUGAAAACCGCAGAGGACGCCGACGAACUACACAAAAUCCUGCUUGAAAAAAAAGAAGUAUAAAAGGAACCGCGGAAACGUAAUUUUUUUUUUUUUUUUUUUUUGCCAAUUUGCUGCUUGUUUAGACUCGAACGUUGCCAUUGGUCGGGGGGUUUCCGACUAACGAUGAUUGUUUUAAUGGGUAAGGAAAAAAAAAACCGUUUGAAUAAAAUCUUUAUGUAUAAA